AUCUCUGUGUUUAUCAUUUUGUUUAUCAUGCUUCCAUUAAACACCAAGGAAGAUGGCAAGGAGCAAGCAGGCGGGAAGAGGAAGAUCAUGGAAGUAGGACCAUGGAGAGGAAAUGGUGGAACUCCUUGGGACGACGGCAUCUACAAUGGCGUGAGAGAAAUCACGCAUGUUUAUGGCCACUGCAUCGACUCCAUCACCGUGGCGUAUAAUAAAAACGGCAAGCCUUUCAAAGCUGAAAUGCAUGGAGGUCACGGAGGCACUCAAACCGCAGAGGUCUGCUUCGUAGCUCAUAGUUUUCAUUUUAUUUCAACAACUAUUGUCUCGGAGAUUCGAACUUAAGACCUCAUUCAUACCUUAUCUUUU